CAGAUAUCUUCAGAAGACAUUGGUUAUAUUGACCAGAGCCUACACAAAAAAAAAAAAAAAUAUUCAAAAGUGGCAAUACAUAAGUCAUUAAGUUUGCAGAAAAAAUAAUUGCUACAACUUUAAAAUUAAGCUCAAAUCGCUGUGCCUCUCAAUUUCUUGUCAAUCUUCUCCCAAAAAUAAUACGCAACAGUUCACUCUAGGCAAUAUUAAGUUUUGGUCACAAGAAUACACCAUCCCCAUUUGUACACCAUUAAUACAAUAAUGUUGUUCCGGAAACUUCUUCGUCAGUCUCAUCGGAAGAACAUCAGAUUGCAACUGAACCGAUGCAUCAGAUCAAGUCCAAAACUUGCCGCAGGUGCAUACGAUGGAGAUGGAAAAACUUCUGUUGAUAUUCUUGAUGCUCAGCGACACCCUGAUAUUGGUCUAAUAAUUGGCUCGUACAGUCAAGUCGGCUUUCGCCUUAGUAAUGGUGUUUAUUGUGCUGGGCCAAUAGCUCUGUUCUCAAGGUCAGUUCUUAGCUGGGAUGUAGAAGGUCCUUAUGAUAUUACUCCGGAAUCUCUAUCCUUAUUUACUCGUCUGGAACCCAAAUUAGAUCUUCUCGUGCUUGGCAUUGGUGAUAAUUUAGACUGGAGACGGAUGAUUGAAAAACAAAUUUUCCGAGAUGUCAUAAAAAAAAGUGGCAUCAACAUUGUAAUAGAAAAAACAGACCAUGCAUGUUCAACAUACAAUUUUCUGUGCAUGGAGCAUAGGCUAGUAGCCGGGGCAUUCAUACCUCCACACAACUUUAAUGUCACUGAUGAGGAUGUCAUUUCUACUAAGUACCGCUACGAUCUUAUUUACAAUUUGAAGGAACAGCAUGAUUAUGACGAGUUUUUUGAUGUAGAGAAGUAUAAAGCCAUCGAUAGAAGAAUAGCGGAAAAAACAGCGGAAGUCAAUAAAGGCUUUUUCGACACUCCGGAGGCGAAGGAAUUUUUGCACAAGGAAUUGAGUCAGCCAGAGCAGUAUCAAUUGAAACCUCCGCCAAAAUCAUUUUAUGAAAGAAUGGAAGAGAAGGAGAAGAAAGAGGAACAGAGGAGACUGCUUGAGGCUAGAGAUAAAGACUUUAAAUAUGUCGGCCACGGAGGAAAAGAUAAAGAGGAUAAACAAAUAAGGGAACCGAAAGAAAAUCAAUCCCUAGAAUCAGGGGAUAAAAAGGACCCAAAGGCCAGUAAGUAGGUUAACAAAGUUUCCUGGAUGUUGAAUUUAUUUUCAGAAGUUGCGCAUGUAAUGCUGCAUGGUAACUGAAGGAUAAAAUUUUACAGGAAUGGGAGGGAGAUUUUAUUAUUAUUUUUUAGUUGCUACGGUCCACAGCCCGAGGCCGGCUCUCCAGACUUCUUUCAACGCCUCCAUGCAAAGGAGAGUCCAACUUGAGUGAUUCCACAAUCACCCCACAACUUUCAAAUUUAAAGCUAACAUUGUGAAGAAUUUAAUCUCUUGGAAAAGGUGAAAUGCUAAAAUUUAAGAAUUCGAAAAUUCUAAGAAGUUAAAAGUUAAAAAUUUCACCUAUGUACAUUCAAAAGAAAACGUUAAAAUUUAAAAAGCCAAAAAUAAAAAAUCGUUGGUUUAAAGAGACCCUAGCCAUCGCCAAUGACUCAGCGGACGAAUCUGCAGCUUCCUAACAUUGCUGCCUUAUGCAGAUGUUGAUACAUCUCCUUCCGAAGACUAAGCUUUUGCAGGCUAUCAAACAGCUUUUUAGGGACUUUUCUUGUGGCUACAAUAACAAUAGAUACAAUUGUGGAGUUAGGAGGACAAGGACAAUAAGUGCAGUUUUUGCUAUUCUGAGAAAUACAUGGUUGAAGUUUCAGAAUUACGUUUUUCUCAAUAAAGCAGCGAAUUUUUCACAGAAUAUGCAUUAAGACUAGUUUUCCGUGAAAUCAUUAAUUGGUAUCUCAAUUUUUUCAAAAACUGCACUUAUGUGCUUUGUCCUCCAAGCCCCUAAACUUCCACAGGCAUGUUUCACCUCAUCGGCUAGUGGCAUGUAUUUAUCUAUCUUUUCUGUAUAAGGUAUUGCCAAAGGUGUUGCAAUGUCGAUGAUGAAAGCCACUUUAGCACCCUUCAUUGUGAGCAUUUUAUCCGGGAUGCUGUUCACAAUGGUUCUAUGCAUGCGUAUCUUCCUGUUCCAAUAUAGUCGGCUCUUUUUCUUUUCUUUAACCUGUGGAUGAUCAAACUCAUAAUAAAGUUUCAUGUCUGUCUCAUCAAAAUGAUCCUUGGCGAGGUCUUGUUACUAUUGUAGGAAUUUAAUAUCUGAACAACGAUAAUUGGUGAAUACACAUUUUGAAGAAUACGUACUGAAUAUUUGAACUUUAGUUCAUUCUAAGUUCCGUUACUUUCAAAUUAAAAGCAGAUAUUUCACACGAGAACCUUCAAUUACAUGUAAGUCUUUCUGCGAAAGGAGGAGCUCUCUAUUUUGAAAAGAUUACCCUAAAUUGGUAGUAAUAGAGUCUCAAGUAAUGCUGUGAGAUCAAUGUUCUUUUUUCCCUUUGUCACUAAAUAAAUAGUAAUCCUGAGGGAUAAUUUUUGUCGUUCCCAAGAUGAAUUUGUGAUUAGAGAACAGUAAACUGUACAAAGUAUCAUCAAACGGGUUGCAACAGAGAGGGCGUCUAUCUUUUAAGCAGAUGGCAACUGUAGUCAUGCAAAAGAAGGCCUGUUAAUCAGUGCUUGAAUCAUUGUUAACUUUAGUUUUUCAAGUUCGAUUGCUUUCUUAGUCAGCUGAGGUGUCAGUUCAUUCCAACUUCUGCUUCUAUCUAUUUAUCUUUAAGUGUAAGUGUGCGAGAGGCAUCUCAGAAAUAAGGCAGACUGUAUUCCUAGACACUGUAUGAAUUUUGAUUAAAGGUCAGAAUUAUUGUUUAGUUGA